UUCCUUGGUGGAUGAAUCUGCCAGUUUUUUGUGUGAGGAACUCCCGGAGAACUUCGGCAACUGCUAGUACGGUCGAUAUGGCGACCGAUGGAAUAAUUCGGCGCUUUCUAAAGAAAAGAUGAAGAUAUUCAUACUCAUUAAGGAUGAGUUUCAGGUUUCACACUAUGUGAUGAGCACCCUGGACGUGUGAAAUUAUUUAAGAACUCCUGUGUUCAGAUUUUUUUGAUUCCAGUGGAAUCUUCCAGUUUUUUUUUUUUUUGUUUAAUGAAUUUCCCACAGUCACACAAGCACACAUUCUCACACUUAUAAGGAACCCUAGCUCUUCUUACAUGUAGACCAUAUAGCUACGAUGCCUGUACAAGCUCCACAAUGGACAGAGUUCUUACUGUGUCCGAUAUGCACCCAGACGUUCGAGGAGACAGUUCGCAGGCCCAUCAGUCUGGGCUGCGGCCACACUGUCUGCAAAAUGUGCCUGAACAAGCUGCAUCGCAAGGCCUGCCCCUUCGACCAGACCGCCAUCAACACGGACAUCGAGCAGUUGCCUGUCAACUCAGCCCUGCUACAGCUGGUUGGGGGUCAGGUGCCCAAAGUGCAGCCGGUGGCACUAAUCACUAGUCCAGAGGACACCAAGCAUUACGAUGAGGCGCGACAGUGUGUGGAGGAAUUGGCCCUCUACCUCAAACCCCUUAGCAGUACGAGAGGCGUGGGGUUGAGUAACGCGGCGCAGAGCAUGCUCAGUCGGCCCAUGCAGCGGAAGCUGGUGACGCUGGUGCACUGCCAGCUGGUGGAGGAGGAGGGCCGGGUGCGGGCGAUGCGGGCGGCGCGCUCCCUAGGUGAGCGCACCGUCACUGAGCUCAUCCUGCAGCACCAGAACCCCCAACAGCUCUCCUCCAACCUGUGGGCCGCAGUCCGCGCCAGAGGCUGCCAGUUCCUGGGUCCUGCCAUGCAGGAGGAGGCUCUGAAACUGGUGCUGCUGGCUCUGGAGGAUGGCUCUGCUCUGUCCAGGAAGGUUCUCGUUCUCUUUGUGGUGCAGCGCCUGGAGCCUCGAUUCCCCCAGGCCUCCAAAACCAGUAUUGGACACGUGGUUCAGCUGCUCUACCGUGCCUCCUGCUUCAAAGUGACCAAGAGGGAUGAAGACUCAUCCCUAAUGCAACUGAAGGAGGAGUUCCGCACGUACGAGGCCCUACGGAGGGAGCACGACUCCCAGAUCGUCCAGAUCGCCAUGGAGGGUGGACUGCGGAUUGCCCCGGACCAGUGGUCUUCACUGCUCUACGGGGACCAGUCCCACAAGUCCCACAUGCAGUCCAUCAUAGACAAGUUGCAGACGCCUGCGUCGUUUGCACAGAGUGUGCAGGAGCUGACCAUAGCACUGCAGAGGACAGGCGACCCCGCCAACCUGAACCGUCUCAGACCGCACCUAGAGCUGCUCGCCAACAUUGACCCCAGUCCAGAUGCCCCACCUCCAACAUGGGAGCAGCUGGAGAAGGGCCUAGUGGCCGUGCGCACAGUGGUGCACGGUCUGGUGGACUUUAUCCAGAAUCACAGCAAGAAGGGUGCCGAGCAGCAGCAGCCGGCCCAGCACAGCAAGUACAAGACCUACAUGUGCCGCGACAUGAAGCAGAAGGGCGGUUGCCCACGCGGGGCCAGCUGCACCUUUGCCCACUCGCAGGAGGAGCUGGAGAAAUACCGAAAGAUGAAUAAGCGGCUGACUCCAAGGUUGCCAUGCGCCCUGCUGCCCGAGGAAGGCGUCACGUUGGAGAGCGUCACCCGCAAGGCCUCGCCGCUAGCCAAUGGCCUGGUGCCACCUUGUCCGGCCACGCCGGUGCCGCAGCUCCUGGCCCGCGGGCCCGACCCCUCCACCUAUGAGCUCAUGCGCAAGCCCAAGCUAGACGCCACCGGCCUAAGCGCGCCUGGCUCUCCACCUGACUCUCUGGAUAAAGGCGGCUUGCCCCUACCAGCCCACGCGGCCUCGCACCCCAGGGUGGAGCACCAGCCCAUUCCCAAGCAGAUACCUGGCGUGCCCCGUGGGGUGCCUCAAGUCUACCCACAGCAGUCUGAGGUCUUCUACUCAGAGGCCAGGGCCCCUGCAGGAUCACAGUAUGACCCACAGUACUCCACCGGGAAUCCUUACCCCUACCAGGCCACCCAGUAUGUCCCGCCUCGUUACAUCCGUAACCCCGCCGCCCCAGGUGAUUCUGCCGUGGCCUCUUAUCAGGACCCUUACCCUGGCUACGGCCCCGAGCGCCAUUACGCAGGCCCCCACACUGGUCCACCUUUCUCCGCAAUGAGCCCCCACCCCUACCCCCCACCUUCUCACUAUGACGGCCGUCGACCCGGCCCCUACGCCGGACCCCCACCUACCCCUCAGCCCUUUGCCCCACCUCGGGACGAUCUGGUCCGGAUGAGCCCCGUGCCCCUUGAUGCCCCCCCCGCCCCCCUGCCACCCACUGCAGCUGGAGCCGCCAGCUCCAUGUAUCACUCUGAGUCAGCAACACGGGAGAGGUACCCGCCUGAGGGGUACUACCCACACACACCCCACCCUGGACCAAUCAGGUCCCAAGUGAGGGACCUGUACGGCCGUGCACAACCCAGCCUGGACUACCUGCACCGCAGGCGCAAAGAGCUCUUGAACCAGCUGGAGGAGAGGAAGGUCAUCUCACCACCACCGUUCGCUGCCUCCCCUACCCUCCCCUCCCCCGCCUUCCAUGCCGACUACCCUCAAGAGUACAUAGAAGACGGCUCCAAGCCCUUCGGGAGCCGGGAGCCCGACUACGCAGGGCAGUACUCUCCGUGGUCAUGUGACACUAUAGGCUCGUACAUCAGCUCCAAAGACCCCAAGCCAAAAGAUGCCAUGGCAGCCGGCUCUGUGGAAAUGAUGAACGUGGACGGAAAGAGCCUGCGUGAGCUGCCCCUGGAUGUACAGCGCCGUGCUGCGGAGGUCAAGGAUGACGACCCCAUCAUCCCGUUUGGCCCUUUACCCACAGUGUCGCCCUUUGGGGCCAUCUCGCGCACCUCUAAGACGGGUUACCAGACCACGGGCCCGGUGCAGGCCAUGGCCUCAUCACAGGCCUCUGGCACCAAGCACAUGACCAUCACAGCCGAGUACUCGUAUGGGAACCAUGGAGGCUGGAGCAGCGUAUCCUACCCGCAGCACCAGAGUAUGCCCUCUACUGGCCACUUCAACGAACGCCUGCCUGUGUCCAACUCCGAUCGGGAGCAGCUGAAGAUCGAACUGCAGCAGGUCAACCAGCAGAUCAGUCAGCAGACGCAGAUCCGUGGCAUGGAGGCCGCCAGCAACUCCAUGCUGCUACAGAGAGAGGCCAGCGCCCUGGCUGCCCAGCCUCCGGCCGCCAAGUGGGGAACAGGGGGUGGCGUUUCCAGCGAGCAGCUCAGCCUGGAGCUCCACCAUGUGGAGCGAGAGAUUGGCAAGAGGACCCGCGAGAUUGCCAUGGAGAACCAGGUGGCCCAUGAGGUGCAGUACAAACUGAAAUCCACUGAAAAUGGGCAAGUUGACCAUAAAGCCCAACUGGAAGAACUCUCCUUAGCCCUGGGUGACGUCUCUAAUGGAUCGAGUAGCAUGGGGCCAGCCAAUAGUGUGGGAGGCCCUAUGCUGUCUUUGACCAAUAAGACAUCUUCGCUCACCCUUUGCUCUGGUGACCAAGCAGCGAGUGGCUCGGAGCUCCAAAAGAAUGGUGUUGUUCAUUCGUGCUCUUAAGAGUGUCCCCACCCCCCCAACCCACACACCCCUCAUAAACACACCCCUCUAUUCAAGAUUCAGUAAUUCUCAUUACUUGGCUGCACACAGGUAAAAACGUGUCCCAACUGAUUUAGAGAGACCUGAGAUCAGAAACUCUUGAAAUUUGUACACAGAAUUUAAGAGGGACACACACCUAUACGCACCUGCAUGCUGUUACAUGCAUGCACAGACACAA